CCCCGCUGCUGCUCCUCCUCCUCCUCCUUCCCCGGGCGGAUCACAUGAGGAGAGGGGCCCUCCUCCGUCCUCCAGGGACCGGGUCCAGGAGGGAUCGCCUGGGAUCCUCCGGGGCCAUAACUACCUGAGAUGCCAUCCUUCAUGGGUUGCCUCCAUGACUCUGAAAGGCCGGUAAUGAUUUUGAUCCUGCCUGGAUUGAUGGAUCCCAAGUGAGUCAACUUGAAUUAUUCUGAGGGCAGCCAUGGCAGAGAGAGACCAAGAAUGGCAGGGACUAUGCUGCAGAGCAGCCAAGAAGAGACUGCCGGUGCUCAGGUGGCUACCCAAGUAUUCGCUCCAAUGGCUGCAGCUCGAUUUUGUUGCUGGACUUACCGUGGGGCUGACAGUUGUGCCUCAAGCUCUUGCGUAUGCUGCAGUGGCUGGUCUUCCAGUGCAGUAUGGCCUCUAUUCCUCCUUCAUGGGCUGCUUCGUCUACUGCUUUUUGGGCACCUCAAAAGAUGUAACACUGGGACCCACAGCUAUCAUGUCACUAUUGGUCUCAUCAUAUGCAUUCCAUGACCCCACUUAUGCCAUCCUGCUUGCUUUCCUCUCAGGCUGCAUCCAGUUGGCUAUGGGGCUACUGCAUCUAGGUUUCCUCUUGGACUUUAUCUCUUACCCUGUUAUUAAAGGGUUCACUUCAGCUGCUGCAGUCACCAUUGGCUUCAACCAGGUCAAGACACUCCUAGGCUUACAGAACAUCCCACGACAGUUUGUCCUGCAAGUGUAUUACACCUUCCGCAGAAUUGGUGAGACAAGGAUCUGGGAUGCCAUCCUUGGGGUUUUCUGCCUGAUAUUCCUUGUGGGAUUGCAACAAAUGAAGAAGGGAAUCCCUAGGAUCCACCAGAUGGAAAGGUUGUAUGUCAGAGCCAGUCAUCUUAUAGUCUGGACAGCAACAACAGCCCGUAAUGCUCUUGUGGUCUUGUUUGCUGGUCUUGUGGCUUAUUCCUUCCAAGUGACUGGAUUCCAGCCAUUCACUCUCACAGGAGCCACACCCCAAGGACUGCCUCCAUUCCAGCCACCAAUGUUCUCCAAAGUCACUCCCAAUGGGACAAUUUCCUUUCAAGAGAUGGUGCAGGCAAUGGGUGCUGGCCUGGCUGUGGUGCCUCUUAUGGGACUGCUAGAGACAGUGGCUAUUGCAAAAGCAUUCGCUUCUCAGCAUAACUACCAAAUUGAUCCUAACCAGGAGCUCUUAGCUAUGGGUUUCACCAACCUUUUAGGAUCCUUUGUCUUAUCCUACCCUGUAACAGGGAGCUUUGGACGAACAGCACUGAAUGCACAAACAGGUGUGUGCACCCCUGCAGGGGGAUUGAUCACAGGAGCUCUGGUGUUACUGUCUCUUGCCUACCUUACUUCUCUCUUCUACUACAUUCCCAAGGCAGCGCUGGCUGCUGUCAUCAUCUGUGCUGUGGCUCCCAUGUUUGAUGCCAAGAUCUUCCACACAUUAUGGCAGGUCAAAAGGCUGGACCUAGUGCCACUGUGUGUGACAUUCUUGCUGUGCUUCUGGGAGGUGCAGUAUGGCAUUAUAGCAGGAGUGCUGGUAUCUGGCAUUCUCCUGCUCUAUCCCCUUGCCAGGCCACAGAUAAAGGUCUUAGAACAUGAGGCAUUAUUCAUACAGCCUGCCAGUGGCCUCUAUUUCCCUGCAAUUGAGUUUCUCCGGGAUACUGUACAGAAACAGGCCCUAUCAGAGCCUCGACUGCGCAGUGUUAUCUUGGACUGCACCCAUGUCAGCAGCAUUGACUACACUGUUGUAUUGGGCUUGUCUGAGCUGCUCCAUGAGUUCCAGCGCAGGAGACUCUCCCUGGCCUUUGUUGGCUUGCAGUCUCAUGUUCUCCAGGUCUUGCUGGCUGCUGAUCUGGAAGGUUUCUAUAAUUUUCCCAGCCUCAAGGAUGCAGAGAAGAGUAUCGAAGAGGAACUGUGCAAUGCCAGUGAUAUCUUGUUUAAUGAUGGCAGUGAAAGCAUAUUGCCAACAUCAGGGAUCAUCCAGUGAUGACAAGUUUUUAAUGCCUUUCUCCAGUUAUCAUUCCUUGCCCUUGAACCGACACUCUGGGAACUUGAAUAAUGUAAUAGAUAAUAUAAUACCUGAACUCCAUUAGUUUGUAGGUGCCCUGAACUUUUUGUCUGAACUUUUUGCCAUAUUGUAGUAUGUAUUUAAAAGUUGCACAGAAGCUGGGAACUAAAUAGUGUGAAGGAUGAGAACUGUUAUGAGAUUAGGGGAUGAAAAGGCAAGUAACACAAAUAUGAUGUUUCGAGACAGUGGGAAAACUGAAGACAAUUGCUAUAGGAAAGCAGAACAUCCAGUUAUGAUAUAUUUGCAUUACCUAUAAUUUAUUUCUUGAGUGCUUUGCACUCUAGUGAGAUUGUUACAGGAAUACUAAUUUGGAAAAGGAAGGGAGCCAGUACAAGAUGUUAAAAAAUUAAAUGGUGGAAGUAAGACAGCAUACUAAGUGUCUGAGUGGUAUAUAUCCUGCAUUUUGUUUAUUUAAUUUAUAUCUUGCCUUUUUCCUAGGUUUGAAACUCAAGGCAGUUAGCAACAUGUUCAAAAACAAUUGCACCUAAUACAUAAUAAUAAAACACAAUUAAACCAAUAAUAAAAUUUUAUAUUAAAAUACUAUCAAACCAGUUAUAUUAAAACAGCCAGAUUAAAAGCACAGCUAACAAGAGAGAAAACAUACAGUGCUCUUUUAAAAAGUACCUUCAUUACAUGUCAAUCAUUUGCCAAAAACCUACUUGGAUAAAAAUCUUUUGUCUACCUGCAGAAAAAUAACAAAGCAUGGGCAAGUCCGGUCUCCCCCGGAAGUGUAUUCUGCUUGGGAGCAGCCACCAGAAAUACUCUUUCUCUGAGCCAUUGUUUCUGGUUGUACAAUAUAUGAAGUUUCAAGGACCAAAAUGGCUCAACCAUUUCUUUUACAAUGCAUUUGGUUUUCAAGCUCAACCAGAGCCAACAAUAAGCUGAGGACAAAGGAAAAAUAUGAGUUUAUUUGGGAUUGAGCUUUGGUUGUUUGCCUGAGCUGUUUGAAGAUUUUUGCAGUUGCUUUCGUUUGUUUUGACUAUGUGCUCUCCUUGAGCACAUGGUCUAAGGGGCAGAGCUUUUGCUGAACCACUGACUUUGUUGAAGGCAGAGCUAGCAGUCACGAGCUAUAUGUAGCAGCUGUCUUUGGAGCUCAACGAACAGGAGGAGAAAAGCAGACAUUUUAUGGGCAUUUCUUGGGAUAUUUUGAGGGGGAAGUCUGGACAGCUGUGCCACUGCAUAUAUAGGAAGAUGAACAUUGAUGGCUCUGCAGUUGUUGCAGUGACCUGCAACAUCUAUGCCAUGUUUUCAUGUCAGAGGAUCUGUGCUGUACCUGCAGCAAGUGCAAAUUGAUUGCCCUGUUGGAGGAAGAGGUGCAGCAGCUUGAGACCCACAUAUCUAUGCUUCAACAUUACAAGGAGGGUGGUGGUUGGUUGGGUUGUUUUUUUAUUAAGAUUGGAGCAGCCUCUUUGGGAAGGGCAAGAAAUGGAACAUGCCUCCAAGGAGAGUGACAGUUCUGAACACAAAAAGUAGGUACUUGGAGGAAUUAGAGAAGCAAAACUAUCCAAAAUCAUGCUUCCAGGAGUUACACAACCAAUACCAAGCUCUCUUCUUAGUUGGUGAUUAUGAGGAACACGGACAAGCACCUCACACCUCUGAAGUCAUGGAGAUGACCUUAGAGCAUUCUGUGGAUGGAAGAGCUAAUGUCAGUUCCCAGAGGCAAAAGAGAUAUGUGGUGGUAAUAGGCAAUUCCUUGUUGCAAGGAACAGAAGCAGUGCUGUGUGGGCCUGAUAUGUUGUCCCAUGAAAUAUGCUGUCUCCUAGCGGUUAUGUUAAUGGAACUCCUGACAAUACACAGCCUACUAACAGUUAUUCCUUCCUUCUGAUUCAUGUUGUACAAAUGAUGUGGCAAGACAUAGCCUUCAGCACACUGAAAGGGACCACAGAGCUCUGUAGAGGAAACUAAUGGGCCUUGAGGCACAGGAUGCUAUUUCAUCCCUCCUACCUGUUGAAGGACACAGAUGUAUAACAUAAAGCAUAAAAGACAGAUUGAGAGUAUUUGGAUAAAAAUUAAAAAGAAAGUUAGCAUCUCCUACAUCCCUCUUGGUGGAUAUGGGAUUUCAUUAUUAAUAUCUAGCACUGGGCAUGUUUUGAGAGGUCAUGAUGACAUGUGGACAAUAGGAAGUUACAUCUGUAAGGUGUCAUGCUGACCUGAGGACACACAGAGACCUAGAUAGUACUAAACUAAAUGCCUUAUGGGUUUGAUUAUCACUUCAUUCUGCCCAGCUACUUACAUUUCCUCUUGCAGUGGAGAGAAAGGCAGUCCCAUUGCAAAGCAAUCAGAGACCAUGCCCUUCACCUCA